AUGCUCGCAAAACUCGCCUUGGCUGUCGUGGGCUUGGCCGCAGUCCUCCUCUUCAACCGCCUGUUGGCCGUGAUCACGAACAACCCCAAGUCCCGGCCUCUGCCCCUUCCCCCUGGCCCUGCUGGGCUGCCCAUCAUCGGCAAUGUCCACCAGACCCCAAAGGCUCACGCCUGGCUCCAAUGGCACCAGUGGAGCAAGCAGUUUGGCCCCAUGAUAUACCUGAAUAUGCUUGGCCAGCCCAUUGUUGUCCUGCACUCUGCCAGGGCUGCCCAAGACCUCAUGGCCCGGCGCGGAGCAAUAUACUCGGACCGGCCCCGUCUGGUGCUGGCCGGCGAGCUGGCCCUCAAGGGCUUGCACCUGGUCCUCAUGCCAUAUGAUGCCCGUUACAAAUUACACCAGAGGCUGGAAGCCCCCCUUCUCUCCCCCCGGGCCGCCUCGUCCUACCAGCCCCUGCUGGACCUGGAGACCAGGCAGCUCCUGUUCGACCUGCUCACUGCCACCACCUCGGCCCGCGGCGUCGACUACCACCACCAGCUUGAGCGCACCAUGGCCUCUGUCACGUACGCCCUCAUGUACGGCUAUCGCCUGCCCACCGGCCGUGAACCCGAGCUCGUACGCGCCCACGGCAUCAUGAAGGAGUUUGCCGCCAUGAUGUCCGACAACAACAUAGUCGAUGUGCUGCCCUGCCUCGACAAACUGCCCAUCCCUUGGCCCUGGAGGCGCAAGGCCGAGAGACACUGGCACGAGCAGCGGGACCUCCAUCUCACCAACCUCCACCGCGCGCGGGCCAACCCAGGCUGGAAUUUCGUCAAGGAAAUGGGCGCCAGCGCCGAGGCCAAGCAGAUGAGCGAGGAGGAGUUCGCCUUCGACGUCGGCAUCCUGGCCGACGCCGCCCUGGAGACCACCGUCCUCACCGGCAACUGGUUCGUCGUGGCGUGGCUCACCCAGAACAAGAAGUCCGGCUUCGUGGCUAAGGCCCAGCGGCUGCUGGACGACGUGGUCGGCAGGGACCGGCUGCCGACCUUUGCCGACAGGCCGAAUCUCGUCUACAUCGACGCCAUCGUGGAGGAGGUGCUGCGCUGGCGGCCCAUCGGCAUCACGGGCAUUCCCCACGUGACAAAGGUCGAGGACCAGUACGAGGGCUACCGCAUCCCCGCCGGCAGCAUCGUCUUUGCGAACCAGUGGUCCAUCACGCGCGAUCCGGGUACAUUCGGCGAGGACGCAGACGAGUUCGUGCCGGAGCGGUGGCUCGCCGACUCCGACUGGGGCUACGGCAGGCCCGGGGAUGUCAAGGCCAGGCCCAAGUCGGACGGGGCCGAGCCGCUGAGAGACAUGCCGUCGACGGGGUUCGGCUUCGGGCGGCGCAUCUGCACCGGUCAGCACAUCGCGCGCAACGAGCUGUGGAUGCAAGUCGCGGUGCUGUUGUGGGCAUUCAACCUCGACGGCGCCGUGGACCCGGACUCGGGGGAUCGCAUCGAGGUCGACCCCAUGGCCAUGGCGGAAUCGCUUAUUAUCAGGCCUUUGCCUUUCAACGCCUUGUUUAAGCCCCGGGGCCCGUGGGUUGAGGAUUUAGUCCGGAGGAAUUGUGAUACCACUAAGGAAGACUUCGUCAAGCUGCUAGAAAAGAUCGGCCGGGACAGAGCGGACAGAGCGCCGUGGCAGUGA